AUUUUAUAAUAAUGAAAAAAUGAUCCCGUGACUUUACACUAUGCGUUGAUUGGUUGAAAUUGACUACUUGAACGCUAUCCGUAAAACUCGCAAUUCUUAAACAGCUGCUUUCGAAGUGACAAACUGUAUUUCAGGUUGUAGUAAAGAAAACGUCGGCCCAAACUGUCUUAUCUAUAACCGUGCUAAUUGUUAUAUUAUCUAAAUAAUUGAUAAGACUAAAUCUUCUAUUAUCAGAAUAUAGUUAUAAUCCUGAUCCAUAUUGAAUUACCAAUUACUGUUAAACAAGAUUACGCCGGUUAAUCAGAUCAUUAAUAAUUUUUACAUUAAAAAUCUUACGAUAUAUUAUCUUGUAAUAUCUUAAUUUAAGUAGUAAUUUCAAUGUAAUUUUUUUAACUUUUAGUGUCUAUAGUUUUUUUUCUGUUUUAAAUUAAUAAAAAGUUAUGUGGAAGAUAUGUAGAAAAACUGUGAAGGCUCAUUAUAUACUUGAAAAAAUCAAGCUAUAUCUAUUUGAUCCUUCCUAUACAAUUUAUAUUAAAUGGGUAGUAUUAAUUAUAGAAUUUGUAUUAAAUCUGUACAUUAUUCAAAAAGUCAAGUACACAGAAAUCGAUUGGAAAGCAUAUAUGCAAGAAGUUGAAGGUGUUGUUAACAAUGGCACAUUUGAUUAUAAUAAACUGAAAGGUGACACUGGUCCAUUAGUUUACCCAGCUGGAUUUGUUUAUACAUUUACAAUACUUUAUUAUUUGACUGAAUAUGGCAAAAAUAUCAGAAUUGCUCAAUACUUAUACAUGUUAUUUUAUUUAAUAAAUAUUUAUCUGGUUUUCAAAAUACAUGAACGAAGUAAAAAAGUGCCACCAUUUGUAAUGUUAUUACAAUGUUUUUCAUCAUAUCGUAUUCAUUCAAUUUAUGUAUUACGUUUAUUCAAUGAUCCUAUCGCAGUUAUCCUAUUAUAUUUAUCAUUAUACAUGUUUUUGAAGAAUAAAUGGACAUGUGGUAGUAUAAUUUAUAGUUUAGCAGUUUCCAUCAAGAUGAAUAUCUUACUUUAUUCUCCAGCUCUUUUAAUUGCUUAUAUAACUAAAUUUGGAACCUAUGGAACGAUUAAACAUAUAACAUAUUGUGCUCUAAUACAACUUAUACUUGGCUUACCUUUCCUACUUACAAAUCCAAUUAAUUAUAUUCAAGGUGCCUUUGAUUUAUCCAGAAUUUUCUUAUACAAAUGGUCAGUUAAUUGGAAAUUUAUUCCACCUAACAUAUUUGUAAGUGGAUAUUUUCACAUUCUUUUACUGAUGAUACAUAUAACAGUACUACUUUGUUUUACUUCUACGUGGUUCAAAUACCUAAACUCUUAUGCAAAAAUGAAACAAAUUGAACAUGAUUUAAAACCACAACUGAAGAAAAAAAAAAUCAGUAUAAACAUGGACAUUAGUGCAAAUCUAUUUCUUCUACCUAUGUUCACUGCUAAUUUUAUUGGAAUCAUGUUUAGUCGAUCUCUUCAUUAUCAAUUUUAUGUAUGGUAUUAUCACACUCUACCAUUUUUGUUAUGGUCAACGCCAUAUGGCAAUAAAUUCAGACUAAUUAUACUUGGAUUGAUUGAAAUUUGUUGGAACACAUAUCCAGCUACAGCAUUAAGUAGUGCUUUAUUACACAUUUGCCAUUGUAUGAUUCUUUAUGGAUUACAUAGGUAUAGAUAUAGAUAUGGUUCAAUUAAGAAAAAAUAGUUAUAUUUUGAACAAUAUAUUUUUCACAUUUAUUAA